AUGAAUCUUUUCUGCAUUUCACUGGAGGGCUCUAUGGAUAACUUAUAUGAACCGAUCCCAGAGCAACAAGCUAACCAAGAGAGCAUCUCUCGUACAGCCGGUUCUCUCUCUCCCUUUGAAGAGAGUGAACAAGCACACAACAAUCUCUUCAUGGAAGUUUCUAAUUUGGAGAAUGCAAAACCAAAAAAAAGAAAGUCAUUCCGGAGAUUUAUGUCUGAAAAUAAAAUAUUUGAAGGAAAAACUGUGAAUGAUAAAAUCUGGCAGGAAACCAGCAAGCCUGAGAAUGAUUUCCACAUCAGAAGGCCCUGUCAGCUACAAGAUCAAAAUGAUGAUGAUUUUCUUUUGAGUAAUACCAUACAUACCCUUCAAGGAAAAAAAUUGCAAGGAACUUCCUAUCAGGUAACCUCUUAA